CCGGUGUAUUCGGGUUAUUCGCGUUGAAAGAGAUUUUGAAGGCUAUUCGCACUUACGUGAACACUCAUAUGUAAAUGUGCGUGAUGACAAAAGCAAAAAUAUUUCCUUCCUUCUUUAUCGCAUGCAAAAACCAAACAAAUAUCAGCAACACCGUCAACGCGAAUAGACUGACUUGGUCAAACGAAGGGAGCUGGUGGAAUAAAGGAAUUCGCUAUAAAAUACUCAUUUAUUUAGGUACAGAAUAAGCUGUCGCAGCUGCAUUAUGGCCUCAGAGUGUUUACUAUUAAGUCAAAAGAUGUGGAAACCUGAACUGUACAAAAUUCAACUUGAAGCACCUACGCCAAAAGCUAUCCUAUGUAAGAAAUUAAAUGAACCGCGUCCGGAGUUUUAUGGGUAUGAAUAUCAUGGAACAAUAGAUCAUAAAGAUUGUGAGGCUAGGCUUUCUAAAGAGCCCGAUGGAGCGUAUUUAAUACGGAAAAGUCCCGGGGCUGAAGACUAUUGGACACUAAGUUUGCGAUUCGAGAAAAAAACUAAGCAUUUCAAGAUUUACUACACAAUUAGCAAAGGAUAUUUUUUGAAAGAAAAUUUCAAAAGGUUUGAUACAAUUCACGAUUUGGUAGCUGAUGGAUUGGUAGAUUUUUAUAUGCGUUUGCAUGCAGGACCCAUAAUUCAGCAGCUGCUAUGUCAAACAAAAACUUGCUACGAGCAAAGCCCAUAUAUGACACUAAAUCGACGCAAGCUGCGAGCACUAUCUGGAGAAUUGAGAAAAUCAUCUAAAUUAUCAAUACUCAAUGACAAUUUACCAGCAGUAGAUAUACAUGAAGAUUUUGUGAACAAUGUUGCGGCAAAUGUACUCACAAUUGAAACAUCUAACGAUGGUGUUCUACCAGAAGUUUAUGAAAAACAUCAUGUUUUUAAAACGCAUACAUUCAAAGGACUGAAUUGGUGCGAGUUUUGCGCCAAUUUCUUGUGGGGUUUCACAUCUCAGGGCGUUAAGUGCGAAGAUUGCGCAUUUGUUGCACACAUCAAAUGCUCAGAGUUUGUUCCUGCAAAAUGCGUUCCGGAUUUAAAAAGGCUUCGAGGUAUUUUUGGUGUAGAUUUGACAAAACUUGUGACAGCGCACAAAUGCAAAAUUCCGUUUAUUAUCUUAAAAUGUGUCGAAGAAAUAGAACGCCAUGGAAUGCUACAGGAAGGCAUUUACCGAAUUUCUGGAUUCGCUGAUGAAAUCGAUGCUCUAAAAAUGGCACUUGAUAAGGAUGGAGAAAAGGCUGACAUGUCUGCGCUAGCGAACUGUAAUGUAAACGUAAUCACUGGAGUUUUAAAGCUGUACUUGAGACUGCUUCCUGUUCCUUUGAUUACUUUUAAUUCCCACCCUAGUUUUAUGUAUUCGAUGACUCACAAAACCGUGGGUGAACAGAUACUUUCACUGCGUGAAGCAAUUAAACAAUUGCCGUUGGCACAUUUCAAUUGUUUAAAGUAUAUAUUGGAGCAUCUUCAUCGAAUAGCUUCACACCAUGCCAUCAACAAAAUGAACGUAUCUAAUUUAGCUACUGUGUUUGCACCUACUUUAAUAGCAACGCCGCAACAUAUGACAGAUUUAUCCGAAGAAAUCAGUAUGCUUACAGCACUAAUUGAACACUGCUAUGCUGUUUUCUUGUGAACAGGGUUAGGGGUCAUCCACAUACCACGUGGAAAACUAUGAGGGCGGGGGAUGUGUAAUGUCCACGGUCCAUACAAAAUUUUAAGAAUUUAUAUGAGCAGUUGUCCACAGGGGGAGGGGGGUCAAAAUCGUUUAAAAUCUGUCCACGUAGUAUGUGGAUGGCCCCUUACUUAUAGUCUAACUAAAUCUGUAGAAAUGCGAAUAAAAAUUUGAUCAGGGCUGAUAAC